CAAAGCAGAGCAAGCAGAGCAGAGCGGAGUACGUUUGUUACUUUGCAAGGUGCAGGGAGAGCAGGGACGGAGCUGAAGUGAAACUUUCAAGGUUUAGAAAGUCUUACAUCAAGAGUUCAGAGUUCACAGAGUUUUAAAUCAAGAGUUCUGAGUUUUGCAUCAAGAAUUCAGAGGUUCGCAGAGUUUUACAUCAAGAGUUCAGAGGUUCAAAGAGUUUUAAAUCAAGAGGGAUAACGAUACAGAGAAGUGUGAUCUAACCUUGUUCUGGGUCCUGGGAAUUGACCUAACAACCUCCAGGAAAUGACCUAACCUUGUCCUGGGUCCUGGGAAUUGACCUAACAACCUCCAGGAAAUAUAAAAACAAGUUGUGUGAAGGAAGAAUGGAUCGAAGAAAUCUAUUCUCUGAUCUAUCCGAAGGUGGAAGUAGCAGGAGUUUGGUAUCAGUAGCUCGAGGAUGGGUGUACGUGUACGGUGUGGUGCUCUCCUCCUACUGUUAUAUUGUUCUCUUCAUAAUGUCCUUCUUCUUCCUUCUUAGCGGAGUUCUCUUUACAGCAAUAUCAUACAGGCCUCAGCAGGUCGGAGAACAACUUGGAGAAUGGACGUUUCGGUUUGCUCAGUCUCGGAAUACAAGAAUAGCAGGGCCUGCCUUUAUUUUCCUCGGCUUCCUCAUGUGUAUCUCUAGUAUAGUUCUCUGUAUAUUCUCCAGACGUGCGAACUCAGCCAGAGAGUUCACUGUGUACACUCAUCAUCCGAAAAUACCAAACCAAAUGGACACAGAGAAGUUUGAGUACACUAGACAAAGACGACCCGAUGUCUCCACAUUCUCUGUGGUUCAAUCACAAGAAAAAUCAUACUUCACUGAUGGGUAUUCAGAUAUGAAAAGUUUGAUAGUUUCUGAUAUUGCUUGUUUCCCAGAACCCACUACUCCUUAUCAGAUCAGAGCUAGUCACUUGUAAUUUUUUUCUAACCUAUAACUUUAGUAAACAAUUUAAUUUAAUGCAAGAUCUAAGCCUAUAUUGUACUGCAAUUCGCGUACACAGAAUGAGGGUACAAUGUACUUUUAGGAACUUUUUGGUUUGUACACAUGUAUGUGCCCCUGGCAAGUCUAGUUUAAUCAAAGAGAAUAUAUUAAUAUAGAGUGGAAUUAAGUCGAAAAAAGUGUAAAACUGUGUAAAUGUUCCCAUACUGCAGGUCUACUUCACAUAUUUGUGCUAUAUAACCUUCCGGGCCGGCCCCUGGAGCAUCUUUUUGAACAAAAAAUGUUCUUGAAAAUUUUAUUUAGUUUUCUCUAAAUAAACACUUUGACAUCUUUAGCAAUAACAAUGAAAAGAAUAAAUUGUAUUGGAUAUGUCCAGGGAUCAUACUGUAUUAUUGUGAUGUACUGUGUAAAUUUUGUGAACAUUUAUAUAAAUUUUUGUAUUUUGAACUACUUUUCAGGCUUAAAGAACUGAACAAAUUCAUAUCAAGA